UACUCGCAAAAAAGUUAAAGUUAGUUCUGUAUCUGAUGAAAAAAUUAUAACUGAUACUUCUGAUAACUCAUCUUCUUCUGUAUUAGAGUAUCAAGAAAGUCUAAUAAAUUGGUGUAUAAAACUGAUGUCACAAAAUAAACAAGGAAAAUUAGAUAAAAAGUUAUUUAAUGCUAUAAUUUAUAGCAAUUUUUCUUUUAGAGUCAUUAAAAACCCUUAUUUUCUUGAUUUCCUUAAUGAAUUAGCCCCUAACUAUGAUCCACUCUCUGAUGAAAUGUUAAGAACUAAAGUUCUUAAUAGUUCUUUCUUAACUUACUUGGCCAAAAAACUUAAAUUGAUAACAUUUUUAGCCAAUAUUACUAUCACUUUAGAUGGAUAG